GACCCGGCUGCGCCCCCCCCCCCGCGCCCCCCGCCCCGAACUGGCAUCAUGGCGCGACAUUAAUGAACUCGCCUGUUUGUGCUCCCCCGGCCCCUCUCUCCUCCCACCGCCCGGGGGACACCAUAUAUAUCCAUCCCUCCUCGCCCGCCUCGGGCAUUUCGGGGGCUCCCCCCUCCUGCCCCCCUUUGCCCGCCCGGGGAUGGAACGAGGAGGGAAGUGGACACGGGGCACUCUCCUCGGGGUCUGCCUGGUCCCCCCUGCACUGCUGGCACUGCUGCCACUGCUGAAGCUGGCAGGGGGGGCCCCCGUGGGCCAGAGGCUGUACCCCAUGCCAGCCGACGUCCUGCAAGCGCCAGCCAUAUCCCCUGCUGUGCCACCCAGCUGCCAGGUCCUGCUGGAUGCCCAGGCCCUGCCCGAGCUGCCCCAGCGCAACUGGGCACUGAGCCAGGCCUGUGCCCCCUACCAGCGCCUGUGCACACCCGAAGGGACUCAGCAUGCCUGCGUCCUGCUCAGUGCUCGGCUCUGCCGCCACCGCCUCCAGGAGUGCCAGAUGGCAGCUGCAGCCCCAGGUUCUGAUGCACCAGCAGAGGCGGCGAUGCCAGGGAGCUGCGGGCAUCGCAGGGGCCCCCAAGCCAACAACACGGCCCUCCGAGGACGGAUCAUGGGUGGCAGCGUGGCCCCGCAGGGGGCCUGGCCCUGGCUGGUGUCGGUGCGGCUCCACGGGGAGCUGAUGUGUGGAGGGGUGCUCGUGGGGCGCUCCUGGGUCCUCACUGCAGCCCACUGCUUCACUGGGAAUCGAAAUGAACUGGCAUGGACGGUGGUGGUGGGCGACCACGAGCAGGGCAAGCUGGACGCGGGUGAGCGGGUAGUGCCCGUCCGGCGCAUCCUGCCUCACCCCAAGUUUAACCCCAAGACGUUUCAUGGGGACCUGGCGCUGCUGGAACUGGCAGUGCCACUGGCCCCGUCGCCCACCAUCAGCCCUGUGUGCCUGCCCAGCGGCCCUGUGGAGCCCAGCCCCGGCACCGCCUGCUACAUUGCAGGCUGGGGCUCUCUCUAUGAAGAGGGGCCAGCGGCUGACGUGGUGAUGGAGGCGCGAGUGCCCCUGCUCAGCCAGGAGACGUGCCGGGGUGCCCUCGGCAGGGACAUGCUCACCAACGCCAUGUUUUGUGCUGGGUAUUUGUCUGGGGGCAUUGACUCCUGCCAGGGUGACUCAGGGGGCCCGCUGGCAUGCCAGGACCCCUCCUCACACCGCUUCAUCCUCUACGGUAUCACCUCGUGGGGUGACGGCUGUGGUGAGCAGGGCAAACCAGGUGUCUACACCCGCGUCGCUGCUUUCGUGGACUGGCUCAGGCUCCAGAUGGACUGUGAGUGCCGCCAGCUGUGCCAGGGGCGGAAACAGACGUGCCCAGGGUGUUGUGGGGAUACAUCGCUCCUGAGCGGGGGUUCAGCACCUCAUGGCAGCCCCGGUGCCCUUGCAGCCACCCCUGGCAGCCGGGAACCGAGCUGCUUUGACCUGCUGGCGCUGGCCCAGCUGCCCUCUGAGCAGCAGCCACUGGAGCGCACCCGCCUCUGUGCCUUCUAUGCUGGGUCCUGCCGGGCCCCCCAGGGCCGGGCUGCCUGCGCCCGCCUGUCUGAGGAGACCUGCCGUGCCAGGACAAGACAAUGCGAGCUGCACUCCUAUGCCCAGACAUUGGUGGAUCUCCUGCGCCGGGCUGCGGACUUCAUCCAAAACCAGUUUGACUUCUCCUUCCUCACCCGUGCCCUGCCCCAGCUCCUGGGCAAGAUCUAUGGGCAUCUCUUCCACCCUCGUGUCCGCAGGGAUGCCCCAGGCCCAGCUGUGCCAGGGGGUCAGCCCAGCUCCACAGCAGAAGGACCCUGGAGACACCCCAUCAGGUGGGAGGCCAGGCAGCCACCCCCCUUCGCAGAGCUCUUCGGGGCCAUGGGACCCCAGCUGCAGGACUGGGUGGAGGCACUGAGGGCCAUGGCAGGGGGCAGCCGCCCGGCGCCCACCCUGGACAGGGGGCAGCUCCCCAGGGAGACGUGGCUCUUCUUGCAGCAGGGUGAGGAGGUGGUGGAGGAGCUAGUGGGACAGGGACGAGCCUUCCUUGCCCAGCUGCGGGCAGAGCUGGACCUUGGCACCCCUCUUGAAACCACGGAGCCGCGAUGGGCACCCAGAGAGCUGGCAGGGACCCCCUCGCCGAGCCGGUCCAUGCCAAGGGAGAAACGUGAGCUAGUGCCCACGGAGCUGCCGGGGGUAGAGGAGGAGGAGGAGGAGGAGGCAGGUGCAAGCAGAGCAUGCCCUGGCUUCAACGAGUCAGUGGUGCGGGUGGGUGCGGUGCGGGACCUGUACGCCUGGGUCCUACGGGUGCCCGAGCCGGACCUGGUUAUGACCUUCCAGGAGAUCCUGGUGGACCUGGGCUCCAAAAAUGCCAAGGGGCUGUACCGGGCGCAGGUGCGGGCCACAGUGGGGGGCCGCCCCACAGCCUUCGCUGGCCUUGUGGGGCUGGAGAGUGACUCACUGGCCCGCAGCAUGCCUGGCCUUGUUGCUCUGGCACUUGAGGCGCUGAAAACCUAAUGGUGCCCACAGUGCCCUGGGGCAUCAUGCCAUCAAUGGGGAUGGGGCCCUGGGGCAGGGGUCUUUCAUGUCCUUCAAACACAGCUCCCUCCCCAGCUCAGGCUCUUCCACCCUUUUGUCCCACAUUGUGCCUCAGUUUCCCUCUUCCCACCAGCACUGCCUGACAUCCCCAGGGCAAUGGGGUGCUGGGGGGCACCUGGAGCAUCUCAGCCAGGGAUCACAGCCCUCAUGUCCCCUGGGAUCCCCACCUUGACAAGCCCACCUCCACCCCUUUUACCCUAGAGGCACUUGGGCUGCUAUUUAUUUGUACAGAGAAAGGUUUAUUUUUCAAUAAAAAAGGGCUCUA